AUGAUCGAAAACACCACUAUUACUCCUUCCGAAUCACGCUCACCAAGUCCCAGCCAUGCGAACGUCGACAUGGACGCCAAUAUACCUGAAGAAUUUAUUCUAUUCAGUCACGAGCUUCCCAGUGGUGAAAUCCAGGACCUGAUACGCAGACUGCACAGAUAUUCCAUGUUACCUGGCUAUCCGCACCUUGCUAGGUUCUUGCAGAGCUGUGCCUUGGUUCUUAGAACGGAGGUUCAGAAGCUGCCACGGCCAUUGCGAGAUUCUGUACCGCCAUUCCACAAUGUGGUCACGCUGGCCUCGCACUGGGAUGACUUCAAGAGCAGCUCCCUAAAUGGUGCUUGGGACGGUGCUUUUCUAUGCAUCUAUGAGAUAGCUAUGCUCAUCGGACACCAUGAGACACUUGAUACUUCAUACCGCCGUCCGGCAUGCUUGGUAGGAAUAAGCGUCGGCCUAUUUUCAGCAGCAGUAGUAGCUGUUUCCGAGUCCUUAUCGGACCUCGUCUCAUACGGAGCUGAAAGCGUACGGACCGCUUUUGCAUUCUGUGUUCAUGUACAGCGCGUUUCCCAGACGCUUGAGCCUACUGUGACAGAGCAAGCUACGUCAGUUAGCUGGGCUACGGUCGUGAUAGGCGUACCAGUAGAAAUCAUUCGGGAAGAGUUGGACCGUUUCAACCACCAAGAAGAAUUACAACGCACUGGUACAAAUACAAUGCCACUGACUGGCGUGAGUAUUAGCCACGUUAAUAAUACCUCCGUUGGAAUCACAGGUCCUCCCACACGUCUCAAGCAACUCUUCCGGGAGUCAGAGAUACUUCGUUCUUCAAGGCACUCAGAGCUGCCCAUCUCAGGAGGGCUGUGUCAUGUUCCAAAUGUAUAUGACUACGACGAUGUGCGUUCCAUCCUUGCCACGGCAGAGGUCUGGGAGAGAUGGGGCACCCGUGCUACACAGGUGCCAUUAAUAUCGCCAUUUACAGGUUCACCAUAUCAGUGUUCCGAUGCAUACCAUUUGAUAGAGGCCAUCUGUACCGAGGCUUUAACCAAGCCGCUAUUCUUCGACAAGGUCGCAAAGGGCGUGGUGACGCAGCUGUCGGGCGGACAACGACCGGAUAUGCAGUCCUGUCAGAUACUUCAUUACAGAGCAUCCGUCAUGUCAGACACCAUCGUCGCCGACGUCGCCGAAGACCUCUCGACUCGUGAUGUGAUUCGCGAGUCUCUGGUUGAUUGGGCCAUGCGCGACGCAUUUGAUCAACCUCAACAUAGCCCAACCUCUCCGCAAAACGCAAAGCUAGCUGUCGUCGGCAUGUCAUGUCGUAUGCCGGGUGGCGCAGAUACCCCUGAACGAUUUUGGGAGCUGCUCGUAAACGGAGUUGAUACUCACACUACUGUCCCUCCGGACAGAUUCGAUCUGGAUGCCCACUUCGAUCCUAGUGGUGAGAAAGAGAAUACAGUUGGAACCCGAUUUGGUAACUUCAUAGACAACCCCGGCUAUUUUGACGCAGGAUUCUUCAAUAUGUCACCACGCGAGGCCGAGCAAACAGACCCAAUGCAGCGCCUAGCACUGGUUACAGCGUAUGAGGCGCUCGAGAUGGCCGGCUUCGUGCCCAACCGCACGCCUUCUUCUCACCUCUCUCGAGUUGGAACGUAUUAUGGACAGGCUAGUGACGACUACCGCGAGGUCAACGCAGGCCAGAAGAUUGGCACGUACGGCAUUCCUGGGACGGAAAGAGGAUUUGGUAACGGCCGCAUCAACUACUUUUUCAAUUUCCAAGGGCCCAGUUUCAACAUCGACACCGCAUGCUCCAGUGGAUUAGCUGCAGUUCAGGCCGCUUGUUCGGCGCUGUGGGCUGGCGAGGCCGACACUGUAGUUGCCGGGGGUCUGAACGUCAUUACAAGUCCGGAUAUCUACUGCAUGUUGAGCAAAGGGCACUUCUUAUCAAAGACUGGCCAGUGUAAGGUGUGGGAUAUUACUGCCGACGGUUACUGCCGGGCAGAUGGCGUGGGAUCUGUCGUGAUCAAACGACUAGACGAUGCAUUAGCUGAUAACGAUGUGAUUCUGGCAUCUAUUGUAGCUGGUGCUACAAACCAUUCAGCGGAGAGCAUUUCCAUUACUCAACCACAUGCCGCGGCUCAGAAAGAGAACUAUCGCCAGGUUAUGGACAAGGCGGGUGUUAGCCCUCUGGACGUUAGUUUUGUCGAGCUUCAUGGCACAGGAACUCAGGUUGGAGACGCUGUUGAGUCUGAGUCUGUACUUGACUUUUUCGCACCUUCAGACCGGCGGCUACACCCUGACAAGCGCCUUCAUCUGGGCGCCGUCAAAUCCAACAUUGGCCACGGCGAAGCUGCUGCAGGCAUUGCAUCCUUGAUCAAGGUUCUGUUGAUGUACCAGAAUAACAUGAUUCCCCGUCAUAUUGGCAUCCAGACGGCCAUGAACCCUGUUGUGGCUAAAACUCUUGCCAACCGCAACGCCGGUGUACUCUCUGAGAACACUCCAUGGCUUCCAACGUCGGCCUUCAAGAGGCGUUACUCUAUUGUGAACAGCUUCGGUGCCCAUGGCGGCAAUACGACGUUACUGCUCGAGGAUGCCCCGUUGGAACGCAUGGAUAGAAAUAAAAAUCACUCGCAGCAGGUUGUGCCUAGCAGCGAAGUGGUGUGCAUCUCAGCUAAAAGCAAAGCUUCACUUCGGGCUAACGUCAGGGCUUUGGUCAACUAUCUGAAUAAUCACAAAGAGACGGGACUCAGAGAUAUUGCUUAUACCACGAGCGCUCGGCGGAUUCACCAUCAUAUCCGCAUUGCCACCUCUGUUUCCAGCACUGCACAGCUGCAUUCUUUCCUGCAAGCCGCUGCUGAUGAUAUCGAUGCACAUGCGAAGCAUGUCGCUACGGCUACUAAAAAGCCUGUUGUAUUUGCUUUCUCAGGCCAGGGCUGUCUCUACCACGGCGCUGCAGCGCAGCUAUUUGAGCGAGCACCUUGGUUCCGCGACCAGGUACUCCAACUCGAUCGCAUCGCUCGGCGCCUUGGUUUCCCAUCGAUACUAGCCACCGUUGCUGGUGAUGCAGCGAGUAUCGGCUCCACCAGGUUUCCGAAAAGGGAAUCUACCCCAGGUAGCGAGGAAAGCCAUGACGUUGUAGCCUUGAGUGAUAGCGACACAAGUACAACUUCUACGACGCCGACAGUUGAUAGUCCAGUAGUUACUCAGCUUGCCCUGGUGGUUAUUCAGAUUGCCUUGGUACAGUAUUGGGGCCUGCUUGGUAUCAAGCCCAACGUGGUUAUCGGUCACAGCCUAGGAGAAUAUGCUGCGUUGGUCGCAGCUGGCGUCUUGUCUGUGGCAGACGCUCUAUUCUUAGUGGGUAAGCGAGCUGAACUCAUGACGGCUGCCUGCGAGCCCCAGAGUCAUGCCAUGUUGUCAGUUCGUGGUGCGUCUGUCGAUCACAUAGAGGAAUUGUGUCGAGAGGAUGAGAAACACUAUUCUUACGAAGUAUCGUGUGUGAAUGGGUUAACCGACAUUGUUGUCACCGGCCUGCGAGAGGAUAUGGCUUCCCUUCGUGACAUGCUCAUGGGGGCUGGACUGAAAUGUGUCCUUCUUGACAUACCUUUUGCGUUCCACAGCCAGCAAAUGUCACCCAUCCUAGAUGACUUCGAGAGAGCAACUCAGUAUGUUACAUUUAAGAAUCCUACAGUCCCAGUUGUCUCUCCACUACUCGGACGGUGCGUUUCGGAGGACCACGUUCUUGAUGGAAGUUAUUUGUCCCGUGCAACACGCGAGCCUGUUAACUUUGUCGCUGCCCUCGACGCUGCAUGGUCAGAUGGCAUAGUAAAUGACAAGACGGUCUGGAUCGAUAUCGGGCCGCACCCGGUCUGUACCUCGUUCGCCAAAAAUCAUUAUGCCAAGGGGGCAACGCAAGCCUUUGCAUCCCUCCGCCGUGGCGACGAUACGCUGUCUACAUUUACAGGAACUCUUGCAGCACUACACUGCCUGGGUCAUGCUGUUGCAUGGAAUGAGUAUUUUGAUCUCAGGGAGAAUCCCGCUCGCCUGCUUCACCUCGACUCGUACCAAUGGAACUACAAGAAUUACUGGAUUCAGUACGAGGGGUCGUGGACGUUAGACAAAGCCAAUGCUGGACAACGCAACAAGGACAACAGUUCAACCCCCGUUUCGGCUUUCUUCACCUCUUCUGUACAACAGAUCAUUUCAGAGGAAUAUGGCGAGUCCAUGGGAGAGAUGAGGGGACUAACCAACUUGCAUCAUCCCGACCUACGGGGAGCAGCAGAUGGGCAUAAGCUAAAUGGGAGGAGUGUUGUAACUGGAAGUAUUUGGGCCGAUAUCACUCUCACCGUUGGUGAACACUUGUACAAGCAAAUGGUACCAAACGGUGGUACACCACCACACAUGGACGUGAAAAAUAUGGAAGUACUCGAAGCCCAGGUACUGCACCCAGAGGCAUCACAAGGGUCGGCCCCGGCACAAUAUAUUCAAAUCGAAGGAGUCUUGGAUAUGUCGCAAAAGCAAACAACAGUACGGCUAUACACAGCAAGCCCAAACGGGACUCGUAAUACCGACAAGGCGUUUGCCACGGCAACUGUCUGCUACGAAGACGCGCAGACCUGGCAAGAACAGUGGCAGAUGACUUCACAUCUGGUUGCUGCACGAGCCAAUUCGCUGUGGGAGAUGACUACAGGCGACGAAAAUAGUCCCGACAAGAGCAGAGUGAGCAAAUUUUCGCAGAGCGUCGCGUAUCAACUCUUCGCAAACGUGGUGGACUACGGCCCGCGUUAUCGCGGCAUGCAGCGCGUAGCAUUCUCUGAGGACACUCUGGAAGCAACUGCUGACGUCCUACUGGACAAUGACGAGCAUGGCACUUGGCACACUCCACCUCACUGGAUCGACAGCGCUUUCCAGCUUGCCGGCUUCGUCAUGAACUCUUUUGGUGUUCAAGGUGACGGUAAAAUCGCUGGGUCAUCCCGUGAUUUCUUUUAUAUCACCCCAGGCUGGCGUCACUUCCGGCUGCUGGAACGCCUUGAGCCUGGCCCUAGUGUCACGUAUCGCAACUUUGUCCGGAUGUUUCCUGUCGAUGGCGAACCGGGGACAUAUACGGGAGAUAUAUAUCUGCACCGCGGUGAAAGGCUCGUGGGCGUCUGUGCAGGGGUUAAGUUCAAAGCUGUUCCUCGGGCUUUGAUGCCGGUUUUAUUCCCUCGGGUUAAUGCUGGUAAGAAGCGAAAUCAAUCUGUCGACACUCAUUCGACCAAAGGCGAAACCAAGGAGAAUGACACUCAGUCCCAGCCACUCCCGGCCAGUGCUUUGCAGAGGCCUAAGAACUUGACGACUCCUACCUCCAAAGUAACCAAUUCGCAACACGAAGAUCAGGCUGGCAUCUCACCAAAGUUUAACUCUCCAGCCCCGGUAGCGACAGUCACGCAGCAAGUCCAGCCUGUACAGGGUGGACAAGAUCAAAGCCAGAAUUCCCAAGCAACUGCAUGCCUCGCGAUCAUUGCGGAGGAAACCGGACUGGAUCUGGACGAUUUGAAAGGCGAUGCCGCCUUUGCUGAGUUGGGUGUGGAUUCUCUAAUGUCACUGGCACUGUCGGCCAAGAUACGUGCAGAGCUAGGUGUUGAUGUUCAGGCGUCCAUUUUUCUGCAAUGCCCCACUGUACAGGAUUUGGUUACGUGGUUGAGCAAGUAA